AUGCGGCAUUCCAGGCAAACUAAUUAUCCUGACUCGGAUAAAAAAGAAAGUCUGGGUUCUAGAAGAUGCGACAGUGCUAAUAAGAGGAAGAGAUCUUUAAGUACUGCACAGGGGCACAAGCAGUGCAAACAUGAUCUUUCUAAACUUCCUGACAGUACCUGUUCAGAAAGCAAAUCUAUAAAUGAAAGAGACCAUCAUGAACGACGCUAUGUUGAAGAAUACAGAAAUGAAUACAAUCAAGGAUGUGAUACUGGGCAUCACAGUAGCAAAUCAUCAGGUCACAGUGGGACGAGUAGUUACAAAAGGAAAUACAAGACACGUGAAGCUACCUGUCAUCAUCAUCAUUCACAGAAGAGUCAUCGAAGGAAAAGAUCCAGGAGUGUAGAGGAUGAUGAGGAGGGUCACCUGAUCUGUCAGAGUGGAGACGUACUAAGUGCAAGAUAUGAGAUUGUUGCUGCUUUGGGUGAAGGUGCUUUUGGAAAAGUAGUGGAAUGCAUCGAUCGCAAAGCGGAAGACAGACACGUAGCUGUGAAAAUAGUAAAAAAUGUUGAUAGGUACUCGGAAGCAGCUCGUGCAGAAAUACAAGUACUGGAACAUUUAAAUGCAUCGGAUCCCAGCAAUACAUAUCGCUGUGUUCAGAUGUUAGAGUGGUUUGAGUACCAUGGACAUGUCUGCAUUGUUUUUGAGCUACUGGGGCUCAGCACCUAUGACUUUAUUAAAGAGAAUGGCUUUCUGCCAUUUAGGCUGGACCAGAUUAGACAGAUGGCGUAUCAGAUCUGCAAAUCUGUGAACUUUUUGCAUUUGAACAAGUUGACACAUACAGAUCUGAAACCGGAAAAUAUUUUAUUUGUGACGUCUGACUAUGUAGAAGAGUAUAACCCCAAACUGCAAUGUGAUGAACGCACACUAAAAAAUCCAGACAUCAAAAUUGUGGACUUUGGGAGUGCAACAUAUGAUGAUGAGUAUCAUAGCACUUUGGUGUCUACAAGACAUUACAGAGCUCCUGAAGUUAUCCUAGCACUGGGAUGGUCACAACCAUGUGAUGUUUGGAGCAUAGGAUGUAUUCUCAUUGAAUACUACCUUGGAUUCACAGUAUUUCCGACUCAUGACAGCAAAGAACACCUGGCAAUGAUGGAGCGAAUACUGGGGCCUUUGCCAGAUCACAUGAUAAAGAAAACCCGGAAACGCAAAUACUUCUGGCACGACCAGCUGGAUUGGGAUGAACACAGUUCUGCUGGUAGAUACGUGUCAAGGCGCUGUAAGCCACUGAAGGAAUUCAUGACCUGCCACGAUUCUGACCACGAGAACCUUUUUGACCUCAUUCAAAAGAUGUUGGAGUAUGACCCAGACAAGCGCAUUACUCUUGAAGAAGCACUGAAACAUCCUUUCUUCUUCCCAUUGAAAAAGGAAAAAAGGGCACUGUUCCCUAUAGCUGAGCAGGCUGACGAAGACGUCAGUCCACCAAAGAAACAUAAACUAUGUUAAAUAUUUAUUGUGUACAGUUAUUUUGUAAAUGUCCUAUUUUGUAUUAUGACUUUUUGGAUACUGAAGUUUAAUCCAGCUGCUGGCAUAAAACUUAUUUAAGA